UUUGGCUUAUGGGCGGAAGUGGUGGGCGCUAUGGCGACACUUCCGCCUCUCUGUGUUUGAAGUCGUUGGUGGCGGGGUUUUGAGGGGUAAAUAAAUACGAAAUGAAGUUUAAUGAGAGCGCGAAUUGAGGUAAAUGUGUGAGGAUUUGUGUUGGAAUGGAGGAGAAACAGAAGCUGAACGCGCCGCGGGACUUUCUGAGGGGAGCAGCUGUGACUCGCCCAUCCUCUCCAGCUCUACUGACCCCGUCUCACUUCACUGUGACCUGUGCCACCAACCCCCAACCCCGUCCUCCAGAUCCACCUACACUGGGCCAGACACACACUCCAGACCCGUGGGUCAUCAUCACUCGAACUCAGCAGGAGCUGCAGGAGCUCCGGAGAGAGAACCAGAGACUGCUGCUCAAGCACAAAGACACAAGCAGUACACAGUAUAGUACACACCACACACGCUACACACACAGCCCUGAGCAACUGAGGAGAGACAGUGAGGAGCUGAGAGGAGAGGUUAAAAGAUUGAAGGAGGAGCUCAGAGAACGAGAACGAAACAUCAGCAGGCAGUGUGCUGAGCGGGAGGAGUUGAGUGUGGAGCUGCUUCACUGCAAGGAUGAACUUAAACAGAAUAGAGAGAAGUUGGCAGAGUGUGUUUUGCAGCGUGAGCAGUCAGAAAGAGAGCUACAGUGCUCUAAAGAAGAAACACAGCGGCUGCAGGAGCAGGUUCAGCAGGUCUGUGAGAGUCAUUCUGCAGAAAUCUCAGCACUGACUCACACCAACACACACCUGCAGAGCAGUCUGACAGCUGCCACACAGGAAGUGACCUUACUAAGACAGAACUUGGAGGAAGUGAUAUCAGAGAAAGAGAUGGUUCAGGAGCAGCUCAGCUCUCAGAGUAGUGUGAUAGCAGAACAGGCAGACACUCUGCAGAAACUACGCAGCUAUAUCGGGACUAGGAGUGAAGAGGAGAAGCAGCACACACUCAUACAGAAGCUGGAAAAGGAAAAAGAAGCAUUAAUCAUGUCUGUGGAGCUGCUGAAGGUUCGUGUUCAGGCCUCCAACGACAUCCUGGCUUUACAGGAGAGAGAGCUGGGAGAGCAGAGUGAUCCUCUUCAUAAGGACAGUCGAGCAGGCCAGUUGCUGAGUUUGUGGCGAGAGAAGGUCUUUGUGUUGCUUGUACAACUACGAUCCAGAGAUUUACAACUACACUCUGAGAAAUCCCAGCUACACAACACGGUAUGUGAUCUGCAGCAGGAUGUCCAGAAGUUGCAGUCUCAGAUCAGCGUUUUUCAGCACAGCCUUCAGGACAAAACAGCAGAACUGGAACUGCACAACAUACACUCUCAGGAGUUGAAGCAGCAGUUGUGCAGAGCUGUGGAGGAGAACGAGAUUCUGAAAGAAGAGAAAGAUAAGAAUGAGAAAUCCCUCAGAGACAUCACUAAUACUGCACACAGGGUGUGUGAGUGUGUAGAGCAAUGUAGAGGUCAGAUGGACUCGGCUCAGUUUCAGAUGAACACUCUGGCACAGAGACUCUCCUUUGCCACCAAGCGCCUUGACACCGUACACGGAUUGCUGUUGAGGAAAGAAGCUCUACGGAAAGCCCAGCAGGCCACAAAACCUCCAGACCCUCCAGCUUCAGACAGUAGCUGUAUUGAGAGGCUUAAGGCAGAGGUGGCUCUGCUGAGCUCUGAGAGAGACCAGCUGACCCAGGAACUAAAACGCACUCCAGACCUGAUCCAGAGUGCUCUGAGUGAUCUUCAGCAACAGUUAGAGAGGCAGGUGGGCCACCUGACGCAGGCCCUGUCGUGCAGCAAGGCGGACAUGGAGGAGUGUGAGCUGAGGCGUGUGGAGGCUCAGAGACAGUGUGAGGAGCAUGAGGCCACCAUUGUGGAGCUGCAAGCUGAGGUCCACAGUGUACAGCAGCAGAGCGAGGAGCAAGAGGGGACUAUCUCAGAGCUCCGUGCUGAGGCCCAUCGUAUACAACAGCAUUGGCAGACUGUUCUGCAGGAGAAGGUUUCAGAGGUUGAGGGUGUGCAUACAAGGCAGCUCAGAGAGAUGGAGACUCAGCUCAACACAGCGCGGAGAGAACACACUAAAGCAGUGGUGGCUCUCCGGCAGGUGGAACGAUCUGCGAUGAGGGAGCGAGAGCAAGAGAGAGAGGCAGAGCGAGCUCGCUCAGAACACACACACAAAAACAUCACACACCUGCAAACACAACUGAAGGAAAAGGAUAAAGACCGCAACAUUCUACUGGCAGUGGUCCAGCAGCAAGGUUUGAUGAAUGAAUACAGGAGGAUAAGAAGAGUUGCCAUACAAUCACCUAAAUCCCUGCAAGAACAUAAACAGCAGCAGCAAAAACAGCACCAGCAGCUUAAAGAUGCGGAGCUGAAGGAGGGCAGUGUGCUGAGUAUGUUGGGGGAAGUGCGCUCCCUCAGCUCCGCAGUCAUCCACAGCUCAGAGGGAGAGGAGGAUGAAGAUGAUGAGGAAGGCCAGAGAGACAGAGUUACACACACUAACUGACAGACAAAUAGAGAGACUCACACACACACACACACACAUCCUACAAGGUUUCUGUUCUUUAUAGGGUUGCAGAUAUUUACGUCACAUGUUUUAUUUAAUUAAAUUAAAUAAUAAAAUACAUUUCUGUUAAA